CGGACAAAUACAGUUAUCAUGCUGUGAUCUCCCCAUAACUCAUAAAAGAGAUAAAUAUAACAGUGUUAGUUUUUAUGAAAUGUUUAAAUGUACGGUACACUAUUUGCCUGAGAAAAAUAAAAAUGAUUACGACAGCCUGGCUGUUACUAUCUUACGGUACAAAAGUGACGACUAUUAGAGUUCUUACGGUAAUAUUUUGCUGAAAAAUGGCAGCGCUGUGUUCGGAAGAGUGCUUAGUGUGACCUCAAUGAAAUAACUUAUUUAAACAGGAUAGAUCGUAACUUCAACACGCAUGUUGGUCAGGAGACUGCGCGUUCUCCACAAGGCUUUAGGCACCUGCUCCAUUCAGGUUGCUGACGUCCACACUCAACAUUAUGACGUCAUUGUGGUGGGUGGAGGUCAUGCCGGGACCGAAGCGGCUGCUGCAGCCAGCAGGACUGGGGCAAACACAUUGCUUAUCACGCAGAAAAUCCAAACUAUAGGGGCGCUUUCAUGUAACCCAUCUCUGGGAGGUGUGGGAAAAGGUCAUCUGGUCAAGGAGAUUGAUGCUCUGGAUGGUUUGAUGGGACGGGCGGGUGACUGGGCUGGGAUUCAUUUCUCUAUUCUAAACCGCAGUAAGGGGCCCGCUGUGUGGGGCCCCAGAGCCCAGCUGGACCGUGGACACUAUAGAGACUUCAUACAGUCCGAGCUUUUAUCUACAGAGAGACUGACCAUCUUAGAGGGGUCAGUGGAGGAUCUCCUAGUGUCUGCAGCGGACCCAGAUAAACCAGGAAGACAUAAAGUAUAUGGAAUACGCUUGGCUCAUGGAGGAGGUGAAAUCCAUUCCCGCUCAAUGGUUUUGACCACUGGUACCUUCCUGUCUGGUUCACUCUUCAUGGGUCCCCAUUCAUCUCCAGGGGGCCGAAUGGGUGACCCGCCUUCCUGUGUGGGCCUGUCUUAUAGUCUGAAAGAGAUUUUAGGGUUGAAGGUUGGUCGGCUAAGGACUGGUACUCCUCCCAGAAUCAUCAAGGAUACAAUUGACUUCUCCUGUACUGAAAUUCGCUUACCUGAUGAAAAGCCCAUUCCGUUCAGCUUCAUUAACGCACACAUCCACUGUAAGCCUGAGGAACAACUUCCAUGUUUUCUAACGCACACGACCCCUGGAGUAGAGAGAGUGGUGAAUGAAAGCCUACAUGUCAACUCCCACAUCCAUCAAGACACUAAAGGACCCAGGUACUGCCCAUCCAUUGAGUCAAAAGUGUUACGGUUUCCCGGAAGACGGCACCAGGUAUGGCUUGAACCAGAAGGCUGGACUUCUGACCUCAUGUACCCUCAGGGUUUGUCCAUGACGAUGCCCCCUGAUACGCAGCUCUGCCUCAUCAGAGAGAUCCCCGGUCUACAUAAAGCCCAGAUACACACUCCAGGUUAUGGGGUGCAGUAUGAUUUUGUAUGUCCGACACAACUCUAUCCGUGGCUGCAGGUAAAGAGCACUCAAGGUCUCUUCCUGGCUGGACAGAUUAAUGGCACGACAGGCUAUGAGGAGGCAGCAGCACAGGGUCUAUGGGCUGGGGUAAACGCAGGCAGGACUUCUCUUUCCAAAGUUCCACUGUCUCUGUCACGCACUCAGAGCUAUAUCGGGGUACUGAUCGAUGAUCUGGUUGGUCGUGGAGUUAAUGAACCAUACCGUAUGUUCACGAGCAGGUCAGAGUUCAGAACAUCACUUAGACCAGACAACGCUGACAUGCGACUUACACCCAGAGGCUUUGAGGAGAUAGGGUGCGUUUCUCAGCAACGCUACAAUGAAGCUCUUCGGGUUAAGAAAAGUCUGAACGAGGCCUUGUCUGCACUGCGGUCUGUCUCACUGUCUGCUACUCGCUGGAAAAAUAUACUGCAACAUGUCAACAUUAGCGAGACUAAGAGCACCAUUCUCAGUGGAGAGGAGUUGUUGCAAUAUAAAGACGUUUCCUUCCAGAUGUUAGCCUCUGCCUUUCCAGAGCUUCUUGCACCAUAUCUAGAGUUUUCAGAGAGAAUUAAAGUUGAAGCUUUGUACCAUCCUCACUGUGAGAAACAGAGGAGAGACAUUGAGAGAAUGCAGGAAGAGGAGAGUUUAUAUUUGCCUCAGGACAUUGAUUAUCUGAAUCUCCCUGUGUCUCUGUCCAAGGAGGUCCGAGAGAUUCUGGAUAGUGCUCGACCACAUACACUGGGAGCGGCUUCCCGUCUUCCAGGCAUCACCCCAGCAGCCAUUGUUCAUCUACUAAACUAUGUGCAAAGAGAAAAAAAAAGGAAUCAUGGGACCGGAAAAGAUGUCAGCUGUUUCGGAUAAAACUUUGAUGAAAAGAAC